CGGGACGCCGCCGGUUCCCCGGGGAAGGGCUGCAGCCUCUCGGGAGUAUCUCUGCUCCCCCCAACCCCUCAACCCCACCCCCAGUUAUUGACCGCUGCCCGUUGUCAGCAACUUAUUCCUCGCCCGCCUCGUCCAGAAUGGAAACAGACUGUAAUCCCAUGGAGCUGAGCGGCGUGUCAGGAUUUGAAGAAGCAGCUGAGCUUAAUGGCUUUGAAGGAACUGAUAUGAAAGACAUGAGGCUGGAAGCCGAAGCCGUUGUAAAUGAUGUUCUCUUUGCUGUUAACACCAUGUUUGUCUCAAAAACGCUGCGCUGUGCAGACGAUGUGGCCUACAUCAAUGUGGAAACAAGGGAAAGGAACAGAUACUGCCUGGAGCUCACCGAAGCAGGGCUCAGGGUGGUAGGGUAUGCUUUCGACCAGGUGGAUGGUCAUUUACAGACUCCCUACCACGAAACAGUCUACUCCUUAUUGGAUACGCUCAGCCCUGCAUACCGGGAAGCAUUUGGAAAUGCGCUCCUUCAAAGACUGGAAGCUUUGAAAAGAGAGGGACAGUCAUGACUAAGCUUUUUUCCUGUUAGAGGAGGCUCCUGCUGGUACACAAGGUUGACAUACAGCUUGAAACUGCUACAUAUGGUCAUAGCAGAAAAUGCAUCUUUGAUUUUGUAUCUUUUAUCAUUUUUUUUGCUUCACAUGUAGGCUUUUGAUUGAUUAUUGACUAGUGAAUGGUCUUUCAUAGUUUCUGAUUCAUUUAGGAAAUCCUGAGGUCACUGCUGUGACACCAUCAUUAAGACAUUCAGAUUUCUUCAUGUAGUAUCUCUGCAUCUCAGAAACCUAAGCAGUAUUUUAUUCUCUUAUUACAGGACUUUGAGGCUGCCAGCACUCUCUCUUACCUAGGAAAUUCUAGAUUUGCACAGUAAUAGAGGAAAUAAAAUGACCUAACUUCAGACUUUGAUUCAGCUCGCUAAAUCAGGGGUUUACUACUAGCUCAGACUAACUUUGUAGUAAUUAUCUUGCUACUAGCCUUAUUGGAAACAAAUUAUCAACUAGUUUCCCCUGCACAAAUUUUUAAAUUCACUGCUUCAUUGAAUCUAUUUAUAUUAUUAAUAUGGACUGAUAAAAAUGAGUUCAUUAUAUAUUACAUAGCUAGUAUUUACAUGAAAAACAGGUACUGAAAUAGUACUGUAUUCCUUAUUUGCAACAGCCAGCCAAUGAAGAGGACAAACCUAGCAAAUGAAUGUAACAAUUACUUGUUUCCAAGAUAUUUAAGCACAUAAACAAAUAUAGGAACAGGCUCCAUUCUCUUCCUAACAAAAAGCAUCUUUAGCGUGUGUGAUGUAAAAGAAAGGAGAUUCUGAUUUCCUAGAAAAUGAUAUUUUGGCCUGUGUUGAUUCUUAUUAUGAAUGUUUGUUUACAUGAUGUACAGUAUAUAUUCAGAAAGUAUUUUUGCUUCAGCGUUUACUUUCUAUGAUGUAGUGCUUUGGUAUUCCCACAGCACCCCUCCUUCCCAACAGAUGUACAGUGUUCUGUCUCGAUGCAAAAUCUACAAUGUCACAUGAGCGCAUUGUAUGGGUUUGAAACCAAAGGAUGAAUGAAGCAUUCAGAGACUUACUAUUUGAAAAGGGGAGACUCUGUAUUUUAUAUUUUAUUACAGGUACUAAUAUUUAUAAUAAAAUAAACUAUACCAUGCUGCUACAUCUUUUCAAGUACAUGUUAAAUAUUAAGAAUUGGGAAGUUGUGUUUUUAAUACUAGUCAAAGCAGCAGCUAUACAAAUGUUGAACUAAAAUUCUGCAUCUGGACAUACCUUCAUAAUUUGUCAUUUGAAGACUUUUAUAAAUCAUUAUUAAACAAUAGUACUUUUAGACUCUUGAAGAUCAUGUAGACCAGAGCAAGUUUAAAGUUUGGUUUGGGUUAUUAUUGUCAGAGUUCAUCGGAAUGCUUAAAUUAUGUUUGACAAAUGAAUAUUCAUCCUCAGCUUUAUUUUCACAUGCUUAAGUGUUUGGGCAAUGAAGUCUAACUUCAGCUUGAAUUUUCUCAUGCUUAAUCUCAGGCUAAAUGUAAAGGGUAUUUGUACAGUUUGAAUAAAAUUCUGUUUACUAAUUUUGAGUUAAGUAUGGAGAAAAGUGAUUGUAUGUUUAAAGUUGAAAGUGUUCAUUUUGUGACAAAUAUUUGAUUCCAAGAGCUUCCAUUUUUUAAUUCCAUGUUGUUCCAUUUCAUUGUGAAGUGAUUAUUACUAUGAAAGAGAAACAGAGAGAGAAGACAUUAAUAAAACUACAGAUAUUAAAA